AGUUUGAGGCAUAUGCCUGAUAGCAUCAUCUCUCUAACACCAAAUAUUAUGGCUGUUCAGGUUUACAUGGAUUGGAAGGGCAAACCCAUCAACAAAGAGAAGCAUGGUGGAGCCAAAGCUGCUUUGUUCAUCUGCUUUAUGGUGGUGAUGACUAACAUGUCUUAUGCACCAACCUUUCUAAACUUGGUGACUUAUCUUAGAGGUACAAUGCAUAUGGAUGUUGCUACUGCCUCAACCACUGUGACCAACUUCUUUGGUGCUACGUGUGCUUUCGCUUUGCUUGGUGGCUUCAUCUCUGACUCUUACAUCACUAGAUUCAAAACCUUACUUCUUUUUGCUCCACUUGUUUUCCUUGGCUUUGUCAUGCUUACAUUUCAAGCAUAUCUCCCAUCACUUAGGCCACCGGCAUGUGACAGUAGUACUUCUGGGGGGCAACAAAGCAGCAGCUGCAAACAAGUCCAUGGCUCCAAAGCUGCUGUUCUCUACAUAGCCUUAUACAUCAUAGCCUUAGGUGAAGGAAGUUUAAGAGCAAACCUCCCACCAUUUGGUGCAGAGCAGUUUGAUGACGAUGCCAUCAGCAAGUCACGACGGAAGUCUAGCUAUUUCAACUGGUUGAAUGUUUGCAUUUCGGGAGGAUCAGUGAUGGGUCUAAUCCUGAUAGUGUGGAUUGAGUCCAGCAAAGGAUGGGUUGAAGGUCUAGCUCUAACUUCAGGUGUUAUGUUACUAGGACUCAUAGUAUUUGCAUUUGGUUUUAAACUCUACCGUCAUCAAAUCCCAAGAGGCAGCCCUCUUACUAGGAUGUUUCAGGUUUUUGUGGCUGCAUUUAAGAAAAGAAAUCUUCCUUUACCAGAAAAUAUGGAAACUGAAUUAUUAUACAAAGGACCUCCUGAUGAAGAGAUGAUGAUGAUAGGGGAGAUACUCCCACACACACAGAGUCUCAGAUUCCUGGACAAAGCUUCAAUUCUGGUUGAUGGAGGGCCAACAGGGAAUUGGUCUCUUUGCACUGUAACCCAAGUAGAGGAGACUAAAGUUGUCCUCCGAAUGCUCCCAAUAUUCCUAAGUGCUCUGCUUGCUUACAUUCCCAUACCACAACUUUUGACAUUUACCAUUCAACAAGGAGGCACAAUGAACAAUAAGCUGGGUAAUAUCAAUGUCUCUCCUGUGUCUCUUGUGACUAUUCCAAUAUUUUUCCAAACAAUGCUCUUAGUCUUUUAUGAUCGGUUAUUUGUGCCGCUUGCAAGCAAGAUCACUGGACAUAGAACUGGCAUUACCCACUUGCAACGGAUCGGUGUUGGCUUCAUAAUAGUAUCACUAGCAGCAACUACAGCUGCUUUGAUAGAGAAGAAAAGGAAAAGCAUUGCAGAGGAGCAUGGGCUGCUAAUUAUUAACUCAUCAGGAGCUGCUGAUCAUCAUGUGCCCAUGUCUGUGUUGUGGCUUGGGCUGCAAUUUUUUGCCAUUGUUAUCAUAGAUGUGUUUACCUAUGUUGGGUUGCUAGAGUUCUUCAAUAGCGAAGCAUCGAAGGGGAUGAAAUCGCUCGGAACUGCCAUCUUCUGGUGUAUUCUUGGGUUAGCAUCCUUGUUGGGCUCUACUCUUGUGGAACUAGUCAACAAGUACACCAGACAUGGAAGAGGUAUAGGAGAACAAGGGUGGUUGGGAGGAAACAAUUUGAAUCACAAUCAUCUUGAUCGUUUCUAUUGGUUGCUAGCAAUCCUUGGCCUCGUGGGUUUCUUCAACUAUCUGUUUUGGGCUACCAAAUAUGUGCAUAGGAAAACUAAUGUUGAUCUGAGCAGUUGAAAUUUGAAAAUCUUAAGAAU